UGAGCGCUCUCAGAAAGAGAGAGAGGAUGUGGAGAGGAGGGGGUGUGGUUGAGAGGGGUGGAGGUGAACAACAGCGUGACUGAAUAGCCCAGUGACCAAUCACGUCCCCAGUGGGCGGGGCCACGCGUUGUCCCACUGCCGCACGGGCCCUCAAAGUUUGUUUAUUCGCGGAAUGCGGUGUGUGAUGAAAACGUGUUAGUAAGUAACUCCCUUUCUGCCAAUAAUAAUCAUAUGAAAGUUGUCGGGACGCCAAAUCACAGCGUGGACUUUUUUUUCUUCCCCUUUUUGUUUCAUUACUGGGAAACGCGUUCCGCCGGUGCCAUUUACGCACGGACCAUGCCCGCGCGACGCUACGUUUCCACGCGCCGGCAGCCGCGCUCGAAACUCUUCACAGAGUAGGUGUUCAGCACAAGAAGAGCUGAAAUACAACAAUCUUAAUGCGAGAGCAGAGGGCGGACACUUCGAGAGCAGAGAGAAGAAAGUUGGUUGGAGAUCGCGGAGGUUUGCGCAGCGCUCUUCAUCUGCGGGAGAGGAAAAGAGCAAAGAAAAAAGCCCAGAUCGGCGCUUGAUCAGUGUGAGAGCUUGAGAGACACUGUUGCAAGAAUGGACCCGAGAAGCUGACAUUCCCCUGUAGUCAAGAUAAGCUUUGGCUUGGCUAACAGAAGGGGUUAAACCGUAUCUAAAGGGAGUGUGGAAAAGCCAGCCUUUCUUCCCCGAACGGAUCAACUCAUUGGGUGGGAGCUGAGAGAGAGACAAGAGUCCCCAGCAAAUCAGGAGCUAAUUGAUUAAAGAGACUUCAUUUGAAUAGGAGGGGGGCUGGCGAGGUGCCAAUCGCCUUUCAAAGAAGCCCCCCCUCCCCUUAUGAUUAAUCGUAGAGCAUUAUUGAUAAUCAUAACGGGGCACAUGCGCGGUGGAUGGGCUCGAUUUACGUAAUUUUUCAGGAGGUUUUGUAGUCAUUUUUUUAUUCUUUGCCUGCUGAUGUGCCAGCCAGCAUGUCGCGGAGGAAACAAGCGAAGCCGCAACACUUCCAAUCCGACCCUCAUCUGCCUUUAUCAGAGCACAAUGCUUUAACCAUGUCACCGGGGCAGAGCCUCUGAGAAGCGAGUCCUGUCCUGGACCUGCUUUAGUGGAACCCCAUCUUGUGCUCAGUGGGAUGAGUCCAGAGAGCAGACGAGGAUGUGAGCAGAGACCCUCCUGAAGUCACAAGUGUCAAGAGGCUCACAGAGGCCCGCUGCAAAAAAAAAUAACGGGACGCAGAACUUUGCUCUGAGGAACCCCCCUGCAAGGAGUCAGACGCCCAUGUCUGUGGCAGAUGUUGUGCUGAGUUCUUUGAACUGUCAGAUUUUGAGGAACACAAGAAAAAUUGCACUAAGAAUCAGUUAGUUCUGAUAGUUAAUGAGAACCCCACCUCCCCUGCUGGAACUUUUUCGCCUGGGUCUUCUCCCCAAAAUGCUGACGAUCAGAUGAACGACGCAGCUACUAACGCUGAUCAAACAGAGUGCGGCGACCUUUUGGAUCCUUGCACCCUUGAAAAAGACGAGUCCAUGGAUGUGGAUGUCUCUGGGAUGAGCAGUGGUCAUGAGGAGGAAGGCAGUCAAACGGAGAGGAGGAGCCCCGUCAGUGUACCGGUUAGCCACUCUAGCAGGAGCACUGCUGGUCCGGCCGUAGGUACUUCAGCUAUUUCAGCUCCACUACCCCAGCUCAGUAAUCUGACUGAACUGGGAAACUUUUCCAUGAUCAACAGCAAUGUCAUCAUUGAAAACUUACAGAGCACCAAAGUGGCUGUUGCUCAAUUCUCCCAAGAAGCCCGAUCUACUGGCGGCCCGAGGGUGCCGGUACCAGCCCUGAUGGAGCAGCUGUUAGCUCUGCAGCAGCAGCAGAUUCACCAGCUGCAGCUUAUUGAGCAAAUUCGCCAUCAAAUCCUGCUUUUAGCUUCCCAGUCCCCAGAAUUACAGGUACCCCCAACGUCUGCUCCGGGCACAAUAGGGCCUGCUGCCAGCCCACUCACCACACUCAGUUCACAUCUCUCCCAGCAGCUGGCUGCAGCCGCAGGCCUAGCACAGAACCUGGCCAGUCAGUCAGCCAGUAUUAGCAGCCUAAAGCAGCUGGCUGCAGCAGCGCAGCUACCUCAGUCUAACCCGAGCAGCAGUGAGACAUCUCAAAGCAUUACCACACUGGGACCAUCGACAGUCAACCCCCAGCCUCCUGAGUCAAGGCCCACAGUUAUGAGUAGCCUCCACUCUCAGCUAAGCAGCUCAUCUGCUGUCAAGUCAUCCACACCAGCAUUUGGAAUAGGUAGCUUGUUGAGCUCUGCAGUGAAUCCCCUUCUACCUCAACCCCCACCUGGAAACUCCCUGUUCUCCAGCUCUCUGCCCAGCGUCGGUACCACUGUGGAGGAUCUCAACUCUUUGGCAGCUCUCGCCCAGCAAAGGAAAGGCAAGCCACCUAAUGUCACUUCAUUUGAGCACAAAAGCAGCUCCGACGACGCUUUCUUCAAACAUAAAUGCAGGUUCUGCGGCAAGGUGUUUGGCAGCGACAGUGCCUUGCAGAUCCACCUGCGCUCUCACACCGGUGAGAGACCCUACAAGUGUAACGUCUGUGGCAACCGCUUCUCUACUCGUGGCAACCUGAAAGUCCACUUCCAGCGUCACAAAGAGAAGUACCCACACAUUCAGAUGAACCCUUACCCCGUUCCCGAACACCUAGACAACAUACCGACAAGCACUGGCAUUCCGUACGGCAUGUCUAUGCCCCCAGAGAAACCCGUCACCAGUUGGCUAGACAGCAAACCAGUGCUGCCCACUCUGACAUCUUCAGUCGGCAUGCUGUUGCCACCGACCAUGCCGAGCUUGCCGCAUUUCAUCAAAAAGGAAGACCAUUCAAUAGCCAUAACCAGCCCUUCUGUUACUGCAAAGAAUGACUCAGGUUCCGCUGAGCCUUCAGCUAAAAGUACUGAUGGAGCAUCUGAAGAGGGUGAAGGUGCAACCUUGCCUACCUCAAAUGGGAAAACUGAAGAUGGCAGCCACCCCUCAGGCCUAAUGACAAAUGUAAGCUCUGCUUCGGAGGGCACUGCAGAGUAUACAACAUCUAACAGUCCACCCAUGAUGACCAAUCCUCUCAUGCCCCUUCUAACUGAUCAGUUUAAGGCGAAAUUCCCAUUUGGAGGCAUCCUCGAUCCUCUCCAGGGUUCAGAGACCUCCAAGCUGCAGCAGCUGGUGGAAAACAUUGACAGGAAGGUGACAGACCCAAACGAAUGUGUCAUCUGCCACAGAGUGCUGAGCUGCCAGAGUGCUCUGAAAAUGCACUAUCGCACUCACACAGGGGAACGGCCUUUUAAGUGUAAAAUCUGCGGCAGAGCAUUUACCACCAAGGGGAACCUUAAGACCCACUACAGCGUCCACAGGGCCAUGCCUCCUCUCAGAGUUCAACACUCCUGCCCUAUUUGUCAGAAGAAGUUUACUAACGCCGUGGUUCUUCAGCAACACAUCCGCAUGCACAUGGGUGGGCAGAUUCCCAACACCCCUCUUCCAGAGAGUUAUGCAGAGUCCAUGGCUUCUGACACUGGCUCAUUCGACGAGAGAAACUUUGACGACAUGGACAACUUCUCUGACGACAAUAUGGAAGGGAUGGAAGAGGGGCCAGAUAGCAGCGUGCCAGACACACCAAGGUCUGCCGAUGCCUCCCAUGACAGUCUGUGUAACUCUCCGGCACCCCCUGACAUGGUUAGCAACGAGGGGCUGGAGAAGAACGGCAAAGAAAGUCUUCAAAAUAAUGAAAUGGAAGAGUACCCAGUCAACCAGAUGAAGGCUCUUGCGAAUGGCUUAGUGGAGGGGGAUUGUCUCACCAAUGACUCCUCAUCCCUGGGAGGUGAUGUUGAAAGUCAGAGUGCGGGGAGUCCAGCUGUGUCAGAAUCUACCUCCUCCAUGCAGGCGCCAUCCCCCACGAGCAUGCAGCAGCAACUGCGCAAAUCCCCCAGCCUCGAUGAAAGGCAGCAUAGGGUCUUAUCCUUAGACCACACCAGUGCGAGCCUGUUGCAGUCUCACCCAUGCAACAUCGGAGCGCUAGACCUGACAUCUGUCAAUCCCUCAAAAGAACCUCUGGGCAUGAUUUUCCCCUUCCGAGAGCGUAACACCAUCAAGAACACAUCCUGUGACAUCUGUGGGAAGACGUUUGCUUGUCAGAGUGCCUUGGACAUUCACUAUCGAAGCCAUACCAAAGAGCGACCAUUUAUUUGCACUGCUUGUAACAGAGGUUUCUCCACCAAGGGCAACCUCAAGCAGCACAUGCUAACUCAUCAAAUGAGAGACCUGCCCUCACAGCUCUUUGAGCCGUCGAAUACCAGCCUGUCAUCCAGCCCAACUCCUUCCCUCAUGUCUGUCGGCUCCCUAAGCAAGCCGGAGGUCAACGGCUUCCUUCACAGCCUCCACCCAGAGAACAAGGACAUUCCCCCGAGCUUGGUCACAUCAUCUGCUUCCACCUCCCCGGUACUCUCUGCAGCUCCUCCGCGCAGGACACCCAAGCAGCACUUCUGCAACACCUGCGGAAAGUGCUUCUCCUCCUCCAGUGCUCUACAGAUCCACGAGAGGACCCACACGGGAGAGAAACCUUUCGCCUGCACCAUCUGUGGUCGGGCCUUUACCACCAAAGGAAACCUCAAGGUUCACAUGGGCACGCACAUGUGGAACAGCGCUCCCGCCAGACGCGGCCGCAGGCUUUCUGUGGACGGCCCGAUGGCCUUCCUGGGCACAAACCCAGUCAAGUUUCCAGAAAUCUUCCAGAAAGACAUGGCCCCAAGGGCGAGCAACGGAGACCCGGCGAGUUUUUGGAACCAGUACGCAGCGGCGUUCUCUAACGGCCUGGCCAUGAAGACAAACGAAAUCUCCGUCAUCCAGAAUGGGGGCAUCCCGCCCAUGUCAGGAGGGGUGGGGAAUGGAGGAAGCUCUCCCUUAGGUGGGCUCACCGGCAGCCUGGACAAGCUGCACAGCACUGAGCCCAACGCUGCGCUGGCCGGUUUAGAGAAAAUGGCCAACACGGAGAACGGAGGCCACUUCCGGUUCACACGCUUCAUAGAGGACAACAAAGAAAUUGUUACUAAUUAAAGCGUACGCUUUUGAGCACAGGCGUACCGUACACAUACCUGCAGAAGACCAGAACUGAAGAGAACAAGACGAAGAUAAAAAUCAACCGAACUCCUUCGCUUGCCAUCGAAUCUUUACGAACAUGAGUGUGAAGACAAGUUGCUUUUUUUGUACAAUGUACAUGUUAUACUUUCAAGGAGCUUAUUUAUUAGUGAUUAUAAUCUUGCUUGAGAAACAAGUGGAAGCAUUAACAGUUAGUUUUUUUUUCUUCUCUUUUAAAGCCAGGAUGUUUGGGUGCUUUAAAAAUGUGCUUUUGAAGUUUAGAGAAGUCUGGUUAGAAAAACCUUGGCAUUAAGUUAUUUUCUGUCUAUAGUAGCUAUAACCGAACUGUCUAUGUUCAUGUGAUGCAUUAGCCCUGUAAUAAGCAAACAGACUUGCUGUAAAUAAUGUACACUGAUCUUCAGUAGAUGGUCUAACAUCUGUGUGCCCCCUCCCCUCCUGUGAUCGAGACUAAACAAUGAAAUCCGAGCAAAGGACAAGACGAUGUGGUAGUUCCUUUCUUUGCAGUUGUUAUUUACCUGUAUCUUAUUUAAGGAAGACAAAACGUUGAUGUUUGCUACAUUUCUUUAGUGUUAACUUGUUUUGUUGUUACACUCUCUGCGUAUUGUACUAUUUUUGUUUACUUCCACAUUUUCCCUUCGGAUUAAAUCUCUCCCCCUCCUUUUUUUUAUUUUAUAUUAAAUCUUCUGCUCAUAUUCCGCUGUUUGUGAGAGCGAGGCAUUUACUCGGAGGAGAGAGUGUUCAGCCCGGUUUGUUUCAAGAACCGAGGGCAUCAAUCAAUCAAUCAGUCGAGGAGGGUUCUCCUUUACUUUCUCAGCUGGAUCUCCUCAUUGCUGCUAUCUCCCAGCAUCCUCGUUGACAUUAAGUGCAAAGUUUUGUGCUGACGCUUCUGUAAAUAACGUUCAGAUGUGGAAAUACGUACUCCCUCGCAAAGAAACUGUACAUACUGCUCACAGGAGAAGUCCAUCACGGCCCGGGGACAAAAUGAUAGUGUUUUUAUAAAUAUAAAUAUAUAUUGAGUUUGACAACCUUCGGACUGUUACAUGCACUUUCUUGGAAAGUUGGAAGAUCUUUAUGGGUCCAGUUUCUCUACACUUUAAUACCUACUAACAACUAAGAUACUGUAAUUCUUUACUCUAAUAAUCAAAUACACCAGUUUUCCAAAAGAA